AUGGCAGACCAUGUUGGUACGAAAGUGUCAAUUCCAGGUACUAGAGGCCAAGGUAUAUUGAGAUAUUAUGGACCUAUUAAUGGGAAGAACGGUAUUUUUGGUGGAAUUGAGCUAAUAGGGCCCAUUGCAGCAGCGAGAGGAAAGAACUCUGGAUCUGUAAAUGGUGUUCAAUACUUCGAAGUUCAACAACCUAUGACUGGUUUAUUCUUACCAUUCGAAAGGCUAAAGUCUGUCAAUGCACAUUUGUCAAAUAAACUGAGAUCAACGUCUAGUCUCCGUUCUAGUACACCGGUUGAAGUUGCAUCUACUCCAUCUCCGUUGAAUCGAGGGCUAAAUUCCCUGCUGUCAAGCGAUAGCUCUAUAACUAAAAAUGGGAUGAUUCGCUCGCCCUAUUCCGAAAAGCCAUUAAUAAAUCCAAAACGACAGAUUUUGAAAGACAACGGGAGCAAUGCAAUUCCAAAAGCGAAAAGUUUGUCUGAAAACUCAACAUCAUCCUUGGUAUCAAAUGCUGAUACAGAAUAUAUUGAUUCCGUAAGACAGGAUACAGAUAAGAUAAGGUUGGAGCAAGAAUUGAAAGAUUUGAAAGGAAGAUAUGAAAGUAAUCAGUUAGAGAUGACUGAAAAAAUAAAGAUAUUGAAUGACUUACGAAAUACUGUCAAUGAAAUCCAACCUUUAUUAGAAGAAUAUGAGAAUGAUUUGUCUGAAAAAGACAAAAAAUUGCUUAAGCAAAAAUCUGAGUUUGAGAAAGCUAGGGAAGAAUGGAGACAGAGUUUAGAUCUAAUGGUCUCCACCCAACAAGAGAAUGAAGAGUAUUAUGAACAGAAGAUAUCAGAAUUAAAUGCUAAAGUGGAGGACUUGUUAAAGAAGCAACCUAAGUUAAACGAUGCAGAAUUAAGCGGAAGUGAUAAAAAACAUCAAUCCGAGGCUUUGCAAGCUUCCCUAGUUUCAAAGGAUGAAGAGGUUUCAAAAUUUAAAACAAAGCUCGAGGAGUUACAUAUGGAGAAAUUUAAACUGGAGAAAAGUCUUAAUGAUAAGAUAAAUUCACAAAGAAAAGAAAUCGACACUCUUACCGAAAAUUUAUCUAAACUCGAAGGAAAAAAUAAUAAUAAAUCAGGAGAACUACAAGUCAAAUAUGAUUCUUUACUUGAUCAAACAGAAAUUAUGAAAAUUGAGCUUGAGAAAUUUAAAUCUUCGGAGACUUCAUUAAAAGCUAGGUUAACAGACUUGCAAUCUGAUAUUUCUCAAAAAGAUAAAUCCAUCGAAAAUCUAAAAUCGAAUAAUUCAAAAGACGAUAAUGAAUUGGGUUCAUUGGUGCAUCUGGUAAAAUCAGUGAAAUUAGAUGACGACAAUGAAGAAAUUUUAAAAUUAAAAGAAGAAAACCAGAAACUAAAGUCUGAAGUGGACUCAAAAGAAGCUAUGCAAACUAAAAUCAAUGAAUUAGAAAACCAAUUGGAAAUGAGGCCGACUUUUGAAGAAUUGACUGAUCUUCAGAAUACCAUAGACGAACUAGAUGACUUACACAAAAAUGAGCUCAAAGAAAAAAAUGAUGCAUUAAAAGCUGCUAUAGAGAUGAAGAAAGAUCUUCAAUCACAGCUUAGUGAUAUGGUACAAAAAAUUGAAAAAAAGAACAAUGAACUGGCUGAUCCUUUAGAGAAACCUGAAGUCAAAGGCAAUCCAGACCCCAACGAAUUACCUAUUCACAUUCCUAAACAACCCACUGACCCAAGUUCUGGUAAAAAUGAUUGGUGUGGACUCUGUGAAAGGGAUGGACAUAGCAGUAUUAAUUGUCCCUAUGAGAAUGAUAUGUUUUAA